AUCACACAUACUUCAACUCCAAGAAAACAAUUUUUUUUUCACCUAAAACCAUCUACCAAUUCUUCAUUUCCCAUUUUUCCCCUCACUAUAGCCCAAAAUUCCCCUGUUCUGAAUUUGAUACUCUAAGAAAAUAAGCCAUGGUCUCAAGAUUAUUGGUAUUAUCAUUGUUUAGCAUGUUAAUCUCUUGGGGAGGAGAUGAUGAGUUGGCACGGCGUAAAGGGAUGGUAAUGGCCAUUGAUGAAGAUGCCAAAGCACUUUGUAGUGUAAAUCCUGCGCAAUUUCUUCCUCCUCCUUAUGGUGGUUUAGAGAAUACGGUUUGUCAACCUGUUUGGAAUUCUUUUCUCCUACGUUACUCACAGACUAAAGACAAUGUUGUCACAAUUGUAUUAUCAACUGUGUACACAACUGGAUGGGUCGGAAUGGGAUUCUCACGAGACGGAAAGAUGAUCAAUUCAAGUUGUAUGGUUGGUUGGGUGAAUCCUGCAGGACAAGGGAAAAUCAAGCAAUAUUAUAUUGAGGGCUUAAUACCCUCAAAAAUUAAACCUGAGAAAGGCGAGCUGCCAUUGACAAGCGUUCCGCCCCUUGUCUAUCUUCAAGGUGCCACAAUAUACUUGGCCUUCCAGUUGAAGUAUCCGAAUCGUCUCAAAAGCCAACCGAUCUUGCUAGCGUUUGCAUCUAAAUAUCCUCAUCACCACCAUCUUACUGUACAUGAUGAUAAAGCAACUAUACUGUUUGACUUCUCUUCAGGUAAUUCAUUUGAUGUUUCAGCUGGACCUAAUGGCUAUGCUAGCUCAAAGAAGACUCAUGGGGUAUUGGGUAUACUGGGAUGGGGACUAUUCUCCCCCUUUGGAGCAAUUUUCGCGAGAUACUUCAAGAACCAAAAAUUAUGGUAUUACUUUCACGUGUCCGCUCAAUUUAUAGGAUUCAUAUUAGGACUUGCCGGAGUGGUUCUUGGAAUUCAACUUCACAACAAGCUGCAGGUUCAUAUUCCAGCUCAUGAAGGCAUUGGCAUUCUUGUUCUUGUGCUAAGCAUUCUUCAGGUGUUAGCAUUCUUUCUACGGCCAGAUAGAGACAGCAAAUAUCGCAAGUGUUGGAAUUUGUAUCAUGGUUGGGUUGGGAGGAUUGCCCUUUUCUUUGGAGCUGUGAACAUAGUACUGGGGAUGCAUUAUGCAGGUGCGGGGGAGAGCUGGAAAAUUGGUUAUGGAUUUCUUCUUGGUUCAAUAAUGCUUGUUUGUAUCAUUCUUGAGACGCUGUUGAGGUUAAAGAAGCUGGAUGAGCCAACUCAUCCUCCAACCUAUCCGAUGAGUUCAACUUAGAAGGAUAUCAAAAGUAUAAAUGAUUCAAGAUGAGCUUCUGAGGAGAUUUUCCACGUUCCAUUCAAGGAUCAAAUAAAAUUCCCAGGACUGUUGAUCAAAGACCUCUGAUAGUUUUGUCAAAUUUUCUUUAUGAACGGAGAAUAAGUGAACUUUCCACUUUGUAUUUUACAUUCUUUAGUGCUUUUGAAGAGCUAAAUGUAUUUGGCAAUUUUGCUUAAGAGUGAAGAUUGGUUGUUUGUUGAGAUUAGUUUCAAAGAUGUAUGAAAAGAUAAAUGGGUGUGUAAUUUUCCCUAUUAUUCAUCAAAAAUGUUACACAAGUGUAGGAAUUAGGUGUCGUUGUUAUUAAUUGAUUUUGAUGAUUGACAAACCUGAAAGAGGAACCUGGUAUUCUUUGUAAUAGUUCAUACAAGUCCCUUUCAAUGACAACUCUGAUACAUAGAUGUAGGUCUCACCUCUCAGCCAAUGAGAAAAGUUUAAGGUUUUUCCUCCCAUCAUUUCUCAUACUUAUUGAUCAUUAUAUGAGAUGAAAACCUAGUUUUUACAAAAUCAAAGAGUGUCUUUCUCUCUGCAAAAGUCAUCGUUCAGUAAUGGAAGACAAAGUUUUAACAACCAAGGAACUAGUCUGCUCAUAGUGAGAAAUAUAUUUGUUUCUAGGUUGAUUGACUCUUUAUAUUCUGUUCUUUACUUUGUAAAUAUACCCCUCUUUAAGAGGAUAUAGUGGAUAUUUAUUGAGUCAUUUUCUCUAUUUUACUAUAUUUUUUUUGGUA